AUCUUUUUCUCCCAAAGUGUCUGUUCCAGUGCACACCCUCGCUGCCAGUCUGUGAGAGCUCCUGAUACCCAUCUUCAGCACUAGUGUUAAGCUCACUGAUCUUGAUACUAAUAGAAACCAUACAAUGGCUACAGAGGUGACAACCCAAUUGGCUGAGCACCCACUCAGUCCAAGGGCUGAGCUGAAGGCUGAGAAGCCAGAGCACAGUCUAAGAAGCCACGAGACCGACAAGCCACAGAAAGAACCUCUGGUCCCAGGGAUCGUGGAUUUCAAGGUCAUCCAAGAGGCAUUGAGGACCCCCAAGCCCCAAGCCCUUGGCACCUACCGCUUCGGCCACCUCAGCCACCACUCCUUCUUCUCCCGGCAUCACCCCCACCCACAGCGCGUGACCCACAUCCAAGAUCUCACCGGGAGGCCCGUGUGUGUCGUCCGGGACAAGUCCUCUUGGUCUCCCUUGUCUCAAGCCUCACUCUUGUCCCACUACCUGAUGAAGAUGCCCACUGUCCCUGCCCCCGUUGGAGACCCGCGGUCCAAUCGGGACCCUCGGCUUUUUUCUGAGGCCUGGAAGAAGGAGUUGAAGGACCUGGCUUCCCAGGUGGUCACAUUCAGCAAGGAGAAUGAGCUGAAGAACAAAGAGCAGGAGGAGCCUAAGCGGGAGCAGGGGGCGAAGUACUCAGCAGAGACCGGGAGGCUCAUCCCUGCUUCCACCCGAGCGCUCAGCCGCCGCCACUCCCGCCAGAGCCCAGGGAGCUACACUCCCAGCAGAGAUGGAGGAGUCCAGACCUUCGUCCUGCAGGAUCAGGAGCUGCUGAUCUUGGAGCUCCUUUGUCAGAUCCUGCAAACAGACUCCUUGAGUGCUAUCCAGUUCUGGCUGCUCUUUGCUCCUCCCAAGGAGAAAGACUUGGCCUUGGGGCUCCUGCAGACAGCAGUGGCUCAGCUGCUUCCCCAGCCUCUCGUCUCCAUCCCGACAGAAAAACUCCUAAACCAGCUCCAGGAGGUCCAGGAACCACCCCAAGAAAGGCCACAACCAUCAUUCAGCCAAUCCCCGAAGAAGUCGAAGACUACGGCUCUACCAAAAAGCGAAAAGCCAGAGCACAUCGGGAAAGCACAAGUUCUGCGAAUACAUUCAAGCCAGAACACAGAAGAGAAAGCGCCAAAGCCAAAGCCAGAGUUCCAAGGAGUCUGCCCUGCUCUGCCCACCCAACUCUAAAGUCAGCCCGGAAUUCAAACUUGUCGCCUCCGCCACCUCAGCAGCAAUAUGUGCUUUCCUAUCACACAGAGUCUAUUAAAAUAGGGUCUUCCCUUUAAGAGGACGGUUCACUCUCCUAUUAGCAGCAGGUUUGUGCUUGGGUUGUUUCUUCCUCAAAAGGCGGGUGAGCUGCGUGGAACCGCCCCCACUCCCUGGAGAACUCCUGAAUGCCACUGCCCGCGUGGGGCUGACCUCGUUCCUUUGUCAUCCAGGGAACGAAAGAGCAAAUCAUGUCUGGGGCGGCCUGCAAAAGCUCUGCUGCUCCUUGAACCAAGGUACACAGGGCUCUGGGCGGUUAGGGCAGAGGUCAGGAACCUGCAGGCCUCCUUCAAAUAACCAUAGACACCAGUUACUGAAGUCCCGCCAGGCACUGAGGCGGGGACUUUGGUAACAGCUAGUGAUGAACAAUGCUACCUGAUCCCAAAACGUCAGGGGGCUUUGGCUAAAUAUAAAUGACAGAUUUGCUCAA